GCCAUGACGAGGCGAUCACAGCCAAGCGCCGACUCGUCGCCAGCGUCCUUCUACACCAGCAAGGAGGAGGGCUCAGAGCGCAACACCAAGUCGACGACUGCCAGCACCACCCCGCCGAAAACACAGCCGUGCCCGUAUCGGGCGGCGCGAGAGCUCCCGCACGAGCUGAAGGAGCACUGCCAGAUCUUCCUCGAGGAACAGCUAUAUACCUGCGCCAUCAACCUCCUCAACAGCAUUCUCGGCUCUGGCGUGUCACGAGCAUCACCGGGCGGCAAGCCGGUGCCCAUCCCCCCUCCCAGCCAUCUCGCGCUGCUCAGCACGCUUGCCGUUCACCCUCUCCACACCACGCGUGUCGACAAGCCCGAGCAUCUCGACGUCUCCUCCCUCGCCUUGGGAUACCUCCGAAAUGUCCUCGCGAUAGUCGGGCCGCUGCACGCAGACUUUCGAACCGCCUUUCAAUUCCGAUCCAUGCCCAAAUGGGACCGUCGAGCAGCGAGACAUACUGGCCGUGGUAGCGACAGCGAGAUGUCUGAUGGCGACUCUGAUGGCACUCACGAUUAUCUGCGGGGCAAAAUCGCCAACGAGGGCGGCGUGUGGGCCAAGGGCCAGGACUUUUGGUCCACGGUGGGCUGGGCAUUCCACUGCUGCUCGCUGAUGCCGCACCGAUGGCGGUACUGGAAGGCUUGGCUAGAGUUCAUGCUGGACGUGCUGGAAGCCGACUGGGCGGAACGAGAGCGCCGCGACCAGGAGGACUACGAGACGAAUGGCCGCGUAGGCGAAGAACCCACCAUUUGGCGCGCCGAGUCCAUGAUGGUCAUGUACAUGAAGCAGGAGGAUGGGCGCCACUCCGGCGACAAGGCCAUCAUCAAGGCGCUGUUUGCCUACAACGGCAGCGUCUCGUCGUCGUCCUUUCGGGAGGUCUUUGAGAAGGAGCACAAGGGGCCUAGCAAGCGAGGGAGGAAGCGGAAGCGCGAGGCGGUGCUUGACCUGGCCAACGACCAAUUUGGCGACUACUUCGACGAAGACGAGUCCAUCUCGUCGGGCGUGUCCGAGCCUCCGACCCCCCAGAAGCAGCGUACCCGAACUGACGCCUCGGGGGUCAACGCGGGAAUGGUGGAGUCCAUCCCUUUACGACUGCGGCUGUUCAAGCUGCUCUCUGCAGCUACGCAUGCGCUGUCCAGCCAGCGCGAGCGACGGGGACGACGGGAGCAGCCGGAGCUCGACAAGCUCUACGAGGACUUUGCGGCCGGUAUCAAGGUCCUGCCCUUGGAUAUCUUUGCGCUUUGCGUCUCACAGCGGUCGAACCCUCUGCUGCCUGCGACGCACGUCACCCUCAUCAAGCUGUUGUUCCACCAACUGCUUCCGUCGUCCUACAAGAACCCUCACAAAGUGGACCCGGAAGGCGAGUCCACGGGCAGCCUGACGAUGCCCAUGCUAGAGCAUUGCUACAGCUGCCAUCCUGCUAAUACUAUUAGUCUGGAGGACAAUGCUAAGCUGUCUCUGGUAGUUGAGAGCGCGAUUCAGCUGCUGUGGCUUUUCGACAUGGUCGAGUACACAACGAGCUUCGCGGCUGCGGUGGAGACUGGCAUCGAGGCGCGAGCAAAGAAGGCGCAGAAGAAGAGAACAGGGCGCACAAAGGCCGACGCCAGCGAUUCACACGCCCUCAAUGUUUUGAAUUCCUCCGCCGAGAGGAUCCGAGUCCUGCUGGAGGUGUUAGAGGCCUCAGCUGAGUGA